AUUUGUCAAAUUCUGGUAACUGUCAAAACUAGAACGCCAUGUUUUCGUUGUCGGAGUUUAAUUUUCGCAAAACAAUCGAAAUUAUAAGGAGUAAUUUCAUGAGCAACUGAAAUUUCCAUGAUUCAAAACUAGGCUCGAAACGAAUUUGUUGUAAAUAUUCUUCCAUAUUCACCUCUUAGAAAUUAAGGUUAAGUGCUAAUUAAAAAUUAAUUUAAACCUACCAGGCUGAACAUAAACAGAUUAAUGAGUAAGUAUGUGUGAUUAAGUUCUGCAUUGAUUGCACAUCACUUUAGGUCGCGUAUCCGAAAUAUGUGAAUAAGUUGAAAACAAAAAUUAAAUAGAAGAAAAUGGCUGGUUCAUUUGAUCCUGAAGAUAAAUCUAGCUGGUAUUUUGGGCAUAUGUCCCGGCAAGAAGCAAAUGAUUUGCUUGAAGCUGAGAGGGAAGGUGGUGUUUUUUUGGUGCGAGAUAGUUCAACAUGCCUUGGAGACUUUGUACUCUGUGUCAAGGAAGAUAGUCGUGUUAGCCAUUAUAUUAUAAAUAAACUGCAACAUGAUGAUAGAAUUACAUAUAGAAUUGGAGAUCAAGACUUUCCAAAUCUGCCAGAGUUACUUGCUUUUUACAAAUUGCAUUACUUAGAUACUACACCAUUGAUUAGAACUGCUUCUAGAAGAGUUGAAAAAGUAAUAGCUAAAUAUGAUUUCAUUGGCCAGGAUCCAGAUGAUCUUAAUUUUAAGAGAGGCGAUAUAUUAACAAUUGUCUCAAAGGAUGAGGAUCAAUGGUGGACUGCAAUUAAUAGUAGAGGUUUGAAAGGAUCCAUUCCAGUCCCAUACGUUGAAAAAGUAAGGUUUGUUUUUCUUUCAAAGUUUGUUUAUUUUAUGGAAUUAUUCAUUUUACAGUAUGUAGAAUCACAACCCCCAAAUGAUAUAUCAAGGCCUAGUUCUGGAGAGACUUCUACGCAACAGCAGGCUGAAGCGGCGAUGAAGAAAAACCAAAUACAGAGACAACUACCAGCAAAGGCCAGAGUGAAACAGGGUAGAGUACCUAAUGCCUAUGAUCAAACUCAGUUAAAGCUAGAAGUUGGGGACAUCAUAACAGUUACCCAAACGAAUAUAAAUGGUCAGUGGCAAGGAGAACUUAAUGGCAAAAUUGGAUUCUUUCCCUUCACUCAUGUUGAAUUUUUAGAUAGCGAUAAUGAAAGUUAAUAAAUUCGACUUUUCAUUGCUGAAAGUGUAUAGGUGCUCUAUGUAUAUUUAUUACUAACUAAUAAUAGUUAACUGAUUCUAUUCAAUGUAAUAAUCAAGGGCUUAUUUUAUUAUGUAUGAUCGAUUACAAAUUUUGUGCUGAAAGUUGUAUUUUUCAUUAUUAUUAUACAUAUCAAUAUUUAGUUA